CCCGCUCGCAUCCGUGCGCCUCGCUCCUCUCCGACAUGGCAAAAGUAUCCAGCCCUACAGAGACUGAACGAUGCAUCGAGUCUCUGAUUGCUGUUUUCCAAAAGCAUGCUGGAAGGGAUGGUAACAACAGCAAAGUCUCCAAGGCCAAGUUCCUAAUCUUCAUGAAUAGAGAGCUGGGUGCCUUGACAAAGAACCAGAAGGACCCUGGUGUCCUUGACCUCAUGAUGAAGAGAUUGGACCUCAACUCUGGUGGGCAGCUAGAAUUCCAAGAAUUUCUUAAUCUUAUUGGUGGCCUGGCCAUUGCUUGCCAUGAAUCCUUUAUUAGCUCCGCCUCUUGCCAGAAGUGA